ACCCUGCGAGAUAACAGCUGAACAUUGUGAAUAUCAAAUGUUUAUUUGUUUACAUCAAAUAACGUAGGUAAAUUAAUAUGAAAAUAUGUCAGAGACGCCAAGAAAGAAAAUCGAUCUUAAUUCUUCUGAAAAUUUGACACCGGUUCGAUUCCUUGACAGCCCACGUGCUAAAUCGAGUUCUCAAGAUGCUAGCAUAACUUCUUGCAAGUCACGCUUAGAAGUUAUUGUACCACUCCUACAGAGCAAUUACUCCAAGUGGCAGCUGGCUCAAAAAAGAGGUUUAUUAAUUUGUACAUCAAUCGAAGCAAUUAAAACUCGUGCCCUGGCGGCUAUGGAACCAUCUAAGCUAGUUAAAGAUAGCGACGACUCACUUUACCCGAAAGAUCUUAAAGCACACGUGGAUAAGUUAAAUAUAAUUUUGUCUAUAUUUGAAGAUAUUACUUUAAGUGCAGGAGAAUCGCUACAGCAAUUGAAAUCGUUAAGCAAGUUAGUUGGAAGUACGAAUGCAAUAUUCUUUCGAUCGUGGCAAUUAUCCGAGUAUAUUAACUUCACAGAACUAUUGCAUACUUCGUAUAGACAAGAAAAACAAAUGAAGCAAAUAGUUGCUCGUGAACUGCCACACUGCAUGAACAGAGCAGAAUUAAUCCGUUGGACUACAGCAUGGGAGUAUCCGCAAUACAUUGAUGACUGGACAUCAUUUAUGUUUGCAUUUUUGAAAGAAGAGAACAAAUAACACUAAAUUUUUCCAUUUAACUUAAAUAUUCACUUGUAUUAAUUUAAUAUUUGUACACGAACCUAUUUGAACGGAUGCAGCAGCGUUCACUAAAAGCGCUAUUAAUUAGGCAAAUAAUUAAUUCACAUUUUUC